ACGCCGGUGUUGAACCGAUGCUUCACAUCACUUACGGCCUGCGCCGCCGCUGCUGCGAGUAACUAAGACAGACGGCUGGAUAUGAGACUUGACGAACUACCAUUUCCCGGAGUGCUCCCCGCUGAUCCUGCACCACCUUCCCAAACCCCCUCCCCGAUCCUCGCCCGACUGGCUCCGGACCGCCCCGCCGCCCACCCCCGGGGCAGCAGCGGCUCAGUGUAACAGAUCGACGUAUGUUCCGCUUUUCGCAGGAGAACUGGAAGACGGAUCUGUGGCGUCGGCUCCGUCGGCGCCACAUGGACAUCUCAGACACGGUGCGCGCCGCGGCCGACUCCACCUUCCUCCAGGUGGCAGUGGCAGUGGCCGCGGUGACGAUCGAGUCCAUCUGCGAAUUCUACAACGUGUUCAACUUCGCGGCCCGCAACGCCAGCACCGUGGUCAACCCCGUGUGGCCCUUGCUGGCCGUAUUGGAGAUCUGCAUCACCCUGUCGUCCUGCCACGAGGCGCAACGUGAGUCGGACAAGUUGCUGGAGAUUAUCCACGACACGCUCAACUCGCCCGGCCUAUCGGAGCGCGCCUAUAAAGAGCUGCAGGUGCUGAGGUUACAGGUAGCGCACCUUGCUGUACGGUGUGAAGCAAUGAGCUGCGUACCCUUAGACCGAAGAACUAUUCAGGCGAUGAUAUCGGUCAGCACGACGCAGCUGGUGAUUUUACUCCAGAUACAACUUCAAUGACAAGUUAGCAGAAUCAAGUUCAAAACCAAAACCCAUCAGGAAUAAGACAGAAGUAAAUAGAAAAUAACGAGAUAUGGUUUAUUAGUCUUCAAAGAAGAUGAACAAGGCGCACCAUAACUAAUUGUAAGUUCACGCUCAUUCUUGGUACACAGAAUAAAAUUUUACACACAAA